GAAAUGCUCCCAAAAAACCAUCGCCACUUUAAAUGACUCAGGAAGUGAAAGGAGGCCGCCUGACUGAGAAGGCGGAACCCGGGCGGUGUGGGGGACCGUGCGCGGAGAUUUGCCGGGAGUUGCGGGAGGCAGUGCAGGCAGCGCGGCGCGGGGGCCGACGGGCGUGCGGGCUGCCGCGCCGGAAGUGCCCGGGCCGCUGGAGGAAGCGCGCCGGCCGCGGGCUCACAGGGUCUCGCAGGGUAGCCCUUCACUUCUCCGUUGGUGGGGCGGGGGCUGCUGCCGGGGAGUCGGCGGGGACUUCGCCGCGGCCCAGGCGGGCGGAGGGAGACUCCUCGGGACAGGACGCGGGUGGGGAGGAGGACUCGAGGCGGCCAGCUCGGAGGCCCCGAGGCCCUGGCCCAGGCCCGGCACCCACAUGGCCUGCGGAGGGGGCGCGGCCUUGGAGGAGCUGCUGCACGACGGCACGUGUGACGAGUGCGAGCCAGACGAGGCCCCGGAGGCCGAGGAGCUGUGCGGCGAGUGCAGCUUCUGCUACUGCCGCCGCCACGCCGAGGCGCAUGGCCGCAAGUUCCCCGGGCACCACCUGGCCCAGUACGUCCAUGGCGCUGCCCCAGCCUGGACCUCGGCUGCCCCGGGGGAAGGGGACGGGAAGGAAGAUCUGGAGGCCAAGGUGGAGGACCAGAGGGAUCUAGAGAGCGAGGCCGGGGAAGACAGCGAGUCGGAGGAAGACAGCGAGUCCCAAGAAGAAGAGAGCGAGUCGGAGGAGGAAGCCGAGGAGGAGGAGGAGGAGGAGAGCGAAGAAGAGAGUGAAGAAGAGAGCGAGGAAGACAUGGAGGAUGAUCAAGAAAGUGAGGCUGAGGAAGACAAUCAGGAAGAAGGAGACUCAGAGGGCGAGGGAGAAACCGAGGCUGAAAGCGAAUUUGACCCCGAGAUAGAAAUGGAAGCAGAGAGAGUGGCCAAGCGCAAGUGUCCGGAUCAUGGGCUGGAUUUGAGCACCUAUUGUCAGGAGGAUAAGCAGCUCAUCUGUGUCCUCUGCCCGGUCAUUGGGGCUCACCAGGGCCACCAGCUCUCCACCCUAGACGAAGCCUUUGAAGAACUAAGAAGCAAAGAUUCAGGUGGACUGAAGGCAGCUAUGAUAGAACUGGUGGAAAGACUCAAGUUCAAGAGUUCAGACCCUAACGUGACUCGGAACCAGAUGAAGAUGUUUAUACAGCAGGAAUUUAAGAAAGUGCAGAAAGUGAUUGCUAAUGAGGAGCAGAAGGCGCUUCAUCUAGUGGACAUUCAGGAAGCAAUGGCCACAGCUCAUGUGACUGAGAUACUGGCAGACAUCCAGUCCCACAUGGAUAGGUUGAUGACCCAGAUGGCCCAAGCCAAGGAACAACUCAAUACCUCUAAUGAGUCAGCUGAGCCAAAAGCAGAGGGGGACGAAGAAGGACCCAGGUAAGAUGGCAUUAUUGUUGGUUGUCUGGUCUCAGAAUUGAAGCAGAGUGACAUUUCCAGCCUUUUAAUGCCCUGUGAAAUACGGACAGCCAAGGAACAGCACAGAGAAGGGAUCUCCAUCUUAAGCCAGGGCUUUGAAAAUCUUAUUUUGUAAGAUUCCCAUCUUCUUCCCCAUCUAUGUUAUUUCCUGCCUGUAACCUUCAGAUAAAGGUAGAUUCUAAAGUAUGUAGUGACAGCAACUUUGCACAUUCUUUAGCACAUUCAGAAUACCUUGUUAAGAAGAGUAGGUACUACAUUUGAAUGAUAAUUAGGCUAUCUGGUGGACUGACUAGAUAAACCUUUACAUUGUUCUUUCUUGAGUAGAAUUGGAUUGCUUCUUUUAAUGGCCUCUAAACCUAGUAUUCUUUAUGUCUCACCUGUAAUAUCUUUGUGUCUGACUCAAGGCAUCUAUACAAUGAAUCCUAAACUUUGUUUAGGAAAAAUACUGCUUCUUUGUGUUGCUAUAUUACCACAAGAAAUUUUAAAAUGCAUUUCAUUUAUUGCCUCAGCUUUGCAAUAAACGUAUACGUAAGUAAA